UCCCACUUUAUUCCAGGCUACAGUUAAGUGGCUUCAAGCCUUCAGAGACGCACAGGGUUGUAGUAUAAAGGCAGAGCAAUAAGCAGAGACGCGGUACCCAUGUGACAUGUGAACGGAAAGCCAAAGACAAAGGUAGAAAUAUCUCCUACACCAAGUGAGGCGUCUGGCGGCGUGCAGAUGAGACACACACACACACACACACACACACACACACACACACACACACACACACACACAGAGAGAGAGAGAAGAUGCUCCAAAUCAAAUCCAUGAGGGCUUUUUUUUAUCGUCUGGAAAUCAACGGCUUCAUAUAAAUGAUUCAUGAGAGCCUGUUUCUAUUUCUAAAGGAGUAAUUGCGCUCGCGGUGAGUUUCAGCUGAAGCCGGCCACCAACCAGUCUGCAGGAGGACGGCUGUAGAGCUUGGGAGCAGAGCCGCAAGGAAAUGAUAAAAGUCAGAUGAUUUUUGGGGAGUUUGAGAAGCGUUCGUGUUAACCUGCACUGACUGGACCUCAUCUGUCAAAGGGAUCAACUGUUGCUGCAGCCGUAGCGAGCACACACACACACACACACACACACACACACACACACACACACACACACACACACACACACACACAGACAUUCUCCAAGUAGGUCUGGCUCUCAUCAUGGAUGUUUGACCGCCACUUUGGUCCUGCAUGCAGCCAACAAACACAGCCGGUGUUGUGCCAUUAACAUGGAAGAGACACUGAUCCUGUUGUUGAUGCCUCGGAUACACCUUCAUCUGUUGUGAUGGGAUGCCACAUUGUUGCUCUGAGGAGAAUUAUAAUAUCCCACACCGCUGCCGGCUUUUCCCAUACUGGUUUAUCAUCCGUGUGUGUGUGUGUGAGUGUGUGAAACAAGACACAUUUCUUCUUAUUUUUUUUUUUUUAUUUGUAUAAAGGGAGCAGUUUGGGCAUUUGAACUCACUGGCAGACGUCAACAUUGACAGGCUUUUUUUUUUUGUUAUAGGCUAGUGACCUUGCCCGAUUUUGGACUAUCUAUUGAGCGGGAGAUCACCAUGCUGAUGAUGAUGAAGAACGGCGGCGGCGGCGGCGGCAUGGAUGCGCAUCAGGUUGACAUCGAUUCGGAAUUUGAGCCUCACAGUCGCUCGCGGUCGUGCACCUGGUCGUUGCCGUGUCCGGAGGAUUUCCCCGGGGGGGGAGAGGAGGCGAGCCGAGCGGGUCUGGCUCUGGCGUCGGUCAAAGUGGAGCAGUACAACGUGUCCGCGUGCCGGGCCGAGAGAAAAGGCGGCGCGCCAGCGGAGAUCAAGCACCCGGCCGGCGCCCCGGCCCCGGUCGCGGCCGCUCCUGCCUGCAUGUCCGGGGCUGCGCUCGAUGUGGCCGGCCAGCUGCGCAAAGCCAAGUCCUCCCGGCGAAACGCGUGGGGGAACCUGUCUUAUGCAGACCUCAUUACCCGUGCCAUCGAGAGCACCCCGGACAAGAGACUCACCCUGUCCCAAAUCUAUGACUGGAUGGUUCGCUUUGUUCCUUAUUUCAAGGAUAAAGGCGACAGCAACAGUUCAGCCGGAUGGAAGAAUUCAAUCAGACACAAUCUGUCCCUGCACAGUCGCUUCAUCAGGGUGCAAAAUGAAGGGACGGGGAAGAGUUCGUGGUGGAUGCUGAACCCAGAAGGAGGGAAGAUGGGCAAAGGGCCCAGGCGACGGGCGGCCUCUAUAGACAAUGGGACCCGCUACCUGAAGACCAAAGGUCGCAUUAGCCGUAAGAGAGCAGGGGCCAUAGGCCUCGGACGGGGACAAGGUCAGGGGGCCGGAUCCACAAUGCAAGGCUCCCCCGAGCAUGGCAGUCCAGCAGGGAAAGGAGGUGUGAGUAUGGGGGGUGAGGAGUAUGACACCUGGACGGACCUCCAUUCCCGCACCUCCUCCUCUGCCUCCACACUAAGUGGCUGCCUGUCCCCGAUUCUGGCUGAGGCGGAGGCUGACGAACCGGAGGAGGGUGGACUGUCCUGUUCAGCCUCCCCUCGACUGUACCCCAGCCCCACCAGCACCCGCUCCCCGGCCCUGGGCACUGGGGGCCACUGUCCAACCGUGGAGCUGCCCCAGCUGACUGACCUGACAGGGGCUAUCAGUCUAGAUGAGAGUGGCUACCCCCAGCCACAGCAAAUCAAAUGCAACGGUUAUCCCUACAUGCCUGCGCCCAAGGCAGAGGGCUCCUACUGUGGGCCCAUGUAUGGACAGCCUUCCAUGGGCAUGCUCCGGCAUCACACUCCCAUGGAGACCAUCCAGGAGAACAAGCCAGUCAGCUUCCAGCGCCAAAUGAGGGGCUACUCAGAGAACAACGCUCUACAAAGUCUGCUUACUGAGGGACCUCCGUACUGCAACAAAGACACAGUGCUGGGCCCGGGACGGGAAUCACACACAUUAAUGACACAGGGGACCAAUGGUGUUCAUAGCCAGCACAGCCACAAUCAGAAUCGCAGCCACAAUCAUAACCACAAUCACAGCCAGGAGCAUGCUCACAAUCCUAGUCUACACAAUGGCCAUGGCUCAGUCCAUGACCAGAACCCAACCCACCGUCAGAACCACAAUCAGGGUCACAAACACCAAGCCAGCCUCGACUACAGCCAUAGCCACAAGCCCCACCCUGCCCAUGACUAUGGUCCGAGUCACGAGCACGGUCACAGUAACAAAGUAAACGCCAGACAUGAUCACAACCCUCCCUCCAGCCAGAGUCACAUGCACAACCACAACCCACAUAACCCUAUGCACAGUGGGCCUCACCCCCAGGCACUCUCCCCACGGGUAAGCACUGACAUCCUGCAGCCCUACAGCCUCAAGACCUCUAACCACUAUGGGCCCCGACCACACCUCCCAACAUCGCCGUCCCUGCCACCCAACCCCGCCGGGGUCAUGGAUGUUCCCCAGGACCCUUGCCGCCUGGCAUCUGCACCUCACCCCCGUCACCAGCCUUACCCCGGAGCUCACCAUCAGGGUAUGACUGACUCCUGGCAUGGCUACUACCACAACAACCACCAGCCAGGGAACACUGGUUACCAGGGGCAACAGCACAACUCCCACAGUAGAAUGGCUGCCAAUCUGGAGAUGGAGAAUGUUGCUAGUAGCCUGGACUGUGAUGUAGACUCCAUCCUGCUCAAUGACUUUAUGGACACAGAGAGCAUGGACUUCAACUUUGACGGCUCUCUGUCCCAAGGCAUGGGCAUGGGGAUGGGCAUGAGCUUGGGGGCAUUUGCUUGUCCUCCAUCAGCACACAGCAACCAGAGCUGGGUGCCAGGGUGAACCCAGGCCCAAAGGUUUGGAUUGACACAUGACCGGAAAGCUCACCCACUGGGCCAGGCUGCUGGUGGGCUGUACCCUUGGACUGACUGACUGUGAUUCUGUUUCUCUGAGACUUUAGAACAAAAUAUGUAUUGUCAUUUUGUUUCCUGAGGACUACGUACAUCCUCACAUCCUACUCUUUCUCUUUCUCCCCCACUCUGUUUAUAAAGCCUUCUGUCUCCAUAUUGAACCUGCCCCCGAAUUAGCCCAGUCCUAAAGCACCCCUUGUUCAUGCCCUUCAGUUUUUCUUUGUUUUUGUUUUUUAUGGUCUCCUCGCAAUCUCACCCUGCCUGUCCUAAGCUCUCAAGCACUUUAAAUCCAUCCUUUUCACACAGAUGCAGUAACACAAAGACCAGGCAAAGUCACAAUGUGUGUUGGCUUAAAUUUAAUGUAUGCAAUCCACUUUACAGUAUUAUCUCCUUCUACAAAGGAGGUGUUGUUUUUGACUUGAGAACUUGAUCAAACAGUUGCAUAAAUAUCUUUAAUGUAGAGGUGCUUUUAGAUUGGGGGUUAACAGGCAGGGAAGGCUUUGAGGGUUGAAGGAUGAAGAAAAAAGGUUUAUAGAAGAAGAGGGAAUAAGAACUAAAGGGAUAGAAGGAGAAAAAGGAAGGAAGGAAUGCCAGGGUCUUCUCUCCCUGGUUUGUUUCAGUGCAGGAGGACAGCCAUACAUCAGGCAACCAACAGCACCACCACCAUGAAAUGCAACGUCCCAUCUUUAAUCUCCAAAGUAAUGCCAGAGUAAUGCAUCACUAUUGCAAAUCUAAUGCGCCACUCUGUGUUUUUUCAACCCCGCCUCUUUCUCCUCAACUCCGGACACACCGGCUUAAUGUGUUUUGGCGAAAGUGAUGAUUAAAGUCACUCUGCACUAAAUGGGGGGAGGGAUUGAAAGGAUGGGGUUGGAGAGGGGGGCACUGAGGGGAGAUGAUAGGAAAGGAGAAAUGCAAAUAUUCCCUCUGUGCCUCUUCCUCUCCAUUUUGUGGAUUUAUGUAGCUUUCCCCGUAAUGAAAUAAGCAACGAUCAGAGCCUGCUGUACAUCCUGAGGAGCUCUGUGAUUGGCCUGCGCCGGGCUGCCUCAGCGUGGCUCCUUCACCGGCUGACCCCAGAACAGCUUACUGAACAGCUGUGGUCAGGCCAGGAUGUUGAUGGAGCUGCCGUCGUCAGACCCCAGUCAACCUUGUCUAAUUCACUAACACCCAGGUUCAAGCCCACUAUGUGCUUUUACUCCUGCGAAUUGCACACUGAUGAACAGCGUCAGCAGAUUACUAUUUGGUGCUAUCUCCUCUGCCCAGGCUUCCUCCUAUCACACCGCCCCAUCCCGAGGUUACUCGGAGGGUAAACAAGAGUAAUUAACCGCCAAACAAGAUGGAUGAUUUAUGCAAGUGUGUGUAUUCGCUCAUCGGCACAAAGUCAUAAUUCUUUCUCCCGCCAAGAACAAGGAGGGUGAUUUUUGAGAGGUGAUGCCCAGCGACAAGGUAAAGCAGCUGGCAAGCGGCGUGCUCAUAGUGUCCUUCAAGUCCUCAAGUCAAGCAUUCCCUUUACAAGCAUUCCCCGCCCUGCCCUGGCCAUAGCUUUACUUUGCUGUCGUCUUUUCUUGUGCUCGUUCUGUGAUUGUGCAGUUGUCUGUCCUGUUUCAAUACAGCAUGGAUAGAAGCUUUCGUGUGCAUUUUAUUUUCUUCAUUCCCAGAGGGGAAACAUGCAAAAGGGGGGCAUUCGCCCGCCCUUGUCCUGGCACCUGUCCCACUCUAGAUACAAAAAAUAGGAACAAGAGAGAGAAGAAAGGUAGAUAGAUACAGGGAGACUGAGCGAGGGGGAGGGAGCUACAUGAGUAGGCAGGAUUUGUGAGAAUGGGAGAGAUUUUCCAGCUCGGUAGCUUUCUGUACAAUUGGCUGUUUGAAUCAGGCCAAAUGUCAAGUGCUGCUCAGCCAGCUCCAGCGAGCUUUGACCAGAAAGCCACUUCUCCCUCCUGAUCAAGAACAAUGACGGGUAUUUCCAUACACGUUUCUUUUGCUUUUUUUCUUACCUUUUCAUGAGUUAAGAUGGCCCAUUGUUGUAACCCAACUGUAAUUUGUUCUCUGGCCUGUGUGCACUUGUGUGUCAAGCUUCUAGUGUGUGUGCGUGUAUCACAGUGACGUUCAAGAAAUGAUUAAGGAAAUAUUGUUGAGAACUAACUUGCCCUGGUAUUGUCCAUGCCUGAAUGAAUGCAGCAUACAUAAUAUAUACAGUUUAUAUUUAUUGGUUAGGGAGAUGGGUCUAUGGAGGACCGCUCAGACCCCUUCACUGCUUUGUCUUCUUGAUGACAAAGAGGCAGAAUGCUUUCAGUUUGACUACAUUUCAUUCUGUACAUAAUCUAUAUUGAAAAAAUUGUAUUAUAAUUUUUUUGCAAAUAUCAAUUUUUUUUCUAAAAUGAUGUAUCUGCUCAUCUGGUGACCGUAAAAAUAAAAACA